CUUUCUGACGGAAAUCAUGUCACAUGCCACUUUAAACAGGAUAAACAAAAAGAGCACUGAGGCAAUAAUUCAGUAGAGAUUAGAUAAACAGCAAGAACAGUGGACACCCACAUGAAUGAUUUGCUUCUCAGAUACAGCAUUAAUGGAGUAUUAGUUAGCCGGGGGAGUCGGACUAAGUAAUUGUAUAUAAGGUGAAUGGGUGUUGUGCAUACAAGCAUGAAAUUCUUUAUGCAAAGAGUCAAUCUGACUCAAGCUAGCUAGAAUAUAUACCAAUCAUAAAAGAAAUGAUCAUGAGUAACUUAUGGAUUCUUACGCUCAUUUCUACCAUAUUAGCAGUCUUUGCUGCUGUGUUAAUCAUUUUCAGGAGAAGAAUAUCAGCAUCCACAACGGAAUGGCCUGUUGGCCCAAAAACAUUACCAAUCAUAGGUAACUUGCACAUUCUUGGAGGCACUGCUCUCCAUGUCGUCUUACAUAAACUUGCUGAAGUUUACGGCAGUGUAAUGACGAUAUGGAUUGGUAGUUGGAAACCUGUUAUUAUUGUUUCCGACUUUGAUCGAGCCUGGGAAGUUCUUGUUAACAAAUCGUCAGAUUAUUCAGCUCGUGAAAUGCCUGAGAUCACUAAAAUCGGCACUGCAAAUUGGAGAACAAUUUCAAGUUCUGAUUCUGGUCCGUUUUGGGCCACUCUUCGAAAAGGUCUUCAGAGUGUAGCAUUAUCGCCUCAGCAUUUAGCAUCGCAAACUGCACACCAAGAGAGAGAUAUAAUAAAGUUGAUCAAAAAUUUGAAAGACGAAGCAGCUUCUGGAAUGGUUAAACCACUUGAUCAUCUCAAGAAAGCAACUGUAAGAUUAAUCAGUCGGUUAAUCUAUGGUCAGGAUUUUGAUGACGAUAAGUAUGUUGAAGAUAUGCAUGACGUGAUCGAGUUUUUGAUUCGUAUUAGUGGUUAUGCUCAACUUGCUGAGGUAUUCUAUUAUGCUAAAUAUCUACCAGGUCAUAAGAGAGCUGUAACUGGCGCCGAAGAAGCAAAAAGAAGAGUAAUAGCUCUGGUGCGUCCUUUUCUUCAGUCAAACCCUGCUACUAACACUUACUUGCAUUUUCUCAAAUCGCAACUGUAUCCUGAAGAGGUUAUCAUAUUCGCUAUAUUCGAAGCUUAUCUUUUAGGUGUUGAUAGCACUUCUUCAACCACUGCAUGGGCACUCGCAUUCUUAAUACGCGAACCAUCUGUUCAAGAGAAACUUUAUCAAGAGCUUAAGAAUUUCACAGCCAAUAACAAUCGCACAAUGCUGAAAGUCGAAGACGUCAACAAAUUACCAUAUUUACAAGCUGUUGUUAAAGAAACAAUGAGGAUGAAACCAAUUGCACCACUGGCGAUUCCUCAUAAAGCUUGUAAAGACACUUCAUUGAUGGGCAAGAAAGUUGAUAAGGGAACUAAAGUUAUGGUUAACAUUCAUGCUUUACAUCAUACUGAAAAGGUUUGGAAAGAACCUUACAAAUUCAUACCAGAGAGGUUUCUGCAGAAGCACGAUAAGGCGAUGGAACAAUCACUAUUACCAUUUAGUGCAGGUAUGAGAAUUUGUGCAGGAAUGGAAUUAGGAAAACUUCAGUUUAGUUUUUCUCUUGCUAAUCUUGUUAAUGCUUUUAAAUGGUCUUGUGUGUCUGAUGGAGUGCUUCCUGAUAUGAGUGAUUUACUGGGGUUUGUUCUGUUCAUGAAAACCCCACUCGAAGCACGUAUAGUUCCUCGUUUGUAGUGAUGGAAAUUUCAUCUCAUGUUGUUGUUUCUCUUCAUGUUUACUAUUUCGUACUCGUUUGGUUUUGGUGUAAAAAAUAAGAUCUAAACUUCCAAAUAUCAUUAAUGUUUACACAAAUCGAAAUCAAUCAACUAUGUUAUGAAAAUUAGUGUUUUCUCA